AUUGGCCAACAACACACACAAACACAAGUGUAAGUGUUGGAUUAGAGAAGAAGAAAAUGGGCAAAUUGUUUAUGGCUUUGCUUUUGGCACUUAUGGCCACUCACGCCGUAGCUAGACCUGCGCCAACCCACGCCACUUUCAAUGACCAAAAGAAUCUCCUUGGUGGGGUUGGUGGCGUCUCCGGCCUCCCCUUCGGUGGAUUGGGUGGUGGUCUUGGUUUUCCUGGUGGAAUUGGUGGUCUCGGUGGCCCUGGUGGUAUUGGUGGUCUUGGCUUUCCUGGUGGCAUUGGUGGUCUUGGCGGGCUCGGUGGCCCUGGUGGGAUUGGUGGUCUCGGUGGCCCUGGUGGAGUUGGGGGACUGGGAGGCACUGGUGGUGGCUUGGGUGGAGGUGGAAGCGGAGGUACCGGUGGUGUUGGUGUUGGUGGCGGUUCUGGUGGCCCUUAUCCUUGAAAACUUAUGUAGUUGUGUUUGAUUUCUACUAAAGAGUUGUUGCCAUUUGUAGUUUGUUUAAUCAAAAUUGUGUGGAGAGAUGUAGUUUAGUGAGCUUGUAAUAACAUUUGGUGUCAUAUUUGGUUUUUUUAUUAUGAUUUGGUUGUGAUAAUCCUCUUUAUAUGUAAUGAAAAAUGAUAUGGGUUGCAUUGAUAU